AUGGGACGAUUGGAUGGUAUCAUUGAAUUACCCAUGGCAUUUCACGAGAAUUGUGUUGGUCCCAUAGUGCAGAAAAUUGCUUCAGCAACUAUUGGUGCAAGGAGUAAUAACGCCGCCAUUCUUUAUUUUGGAUAUACAUCAACAAGAACUCCUAGAACAGGCAAAGAAGCGGACACAUCAUGGCGACCAGUAGCGAAACCUCCAGUCAAUGCAGGCGGAUCUGACCCCACCGACCCACCUUGGCCAAAUCUAGUGGUAGAGGUUGCGUACACACAAUCUGAAUCGGAUGUCAUAAAAAAAAUGGAACGAUACUGGGCCGAGCUCAUGAUGGCAUUGCAAUUAAAGUGGUGCAACCUUACAAAUUUGGACCUAUUGACUGUAAUGGAGUUGCGACGUGCAACCUGGCAAUGCGUUAUUAGCAUUCAAUUGGCAUGCCUUUAUCAUGGGCUACCAGCUAAUGUUUUGAAUCCGCCACCGCCAACACCUCCUCAACUUCCUCCACCUAACCCCAUUGCCACUAUACCUAAUCCUAUUUCUAUUGAUUUAUUUCACGUUCAGUUUGCUAUUUUAAAUUGCAUGGUUUAG